GGAGACCACGUCGCCAUCCCCGUCUGCCUUCGUAUCAUAUGCACGCUGGACUAGUGGAGGGGCGCGCGUCCAAGAAGCGAUAUUACCUCCUUCACCUGCCCUGCCCGCAGCUGCCUUUCCUUCCCUGAUUUCUUUGUUCGAAACUCUGUCUGACGAGCCUGCGUAAGCCGCGUGCGUACCGCAUCUCGAAACACUCGAAACUCGACACCUCCUCCUCACCUAGUCGCUCAUUUCUCGCGACUGCACCGUGUCCUCGCCAUCACCGUCCACCGUUCGGGCUUCGAAGAGCAUCACCACACUCCACCCGCUGCCGUCCAAAACGCCACGCAUCCUGCCGAGACAAAGCCUCAUCGAUCCGCGUUGAUCGAUCGCCGCCGCAUGCUGACACACCUCGCGACGACAUGGCGGGCUCGACGCGAUACGUGCGAUACAUUGUCUUCGCCUUCAUCGCCCUAAUCCUCAUCUUCUUCAUCUCCUCGUCAUCAUCACGCGUGCCCGGCGCCGAACACAUCCAAUCCGCAUCAGAACUGCUUAAGGCGCAAGGGAUAUGGAAAGGCACGCAACAGGGUUCGAAAGCACCUGCGCAAGCACCUUCGGGAAAGACGGGCAAUGCUGGCAUUGUCGGAGAGGGCGAGCAGAACUUACCUGUGAACCACGCAGGCAACCCAGUUGCGGUGCCUCACGAUGCUGAAGUUCCCAACGCUGCUGGGCCCGACCAUCUAUCCACUUCACCGAACCCAGCACCCGGCACACAGACCCAUCUCUCGAACACUGCGCCAGGCCCGCGCAUGAACGCCACCUUCGUGACACUCGCUCGCAACAGUGAUGUGUGGGAGAUUUCCAGGUCGAUCCGCCAGGUCGAAGAUCGCUUCAACCACGCCUACAACUACGACUGGGUUUUCCUCAACGACGCUGAAUUCGACGACACAUUCGUCAAGGUGACCACGGCUUUGACUUCCGGCAAGGCAAAGUACGGCAAGAUUGACAAGGAGCAUUGGGGAUUCCCAGAAUGGAUCGAUCAGGAUAAGGCGAAGAAGGUGCGAGAGGACAUGCACGAGCGCAAGAUCAUCUACGGAGACAGCAUCAGCUACCGUCACAUGUGCAGAUAUGAGUCCGGGUUCUUCUUCCGUCACCCACUCAUGCUCGACUACGAGUGGUACUGGCGUGUGGAGCCCAGCAUUGAGCUUUACUGCGAUAUCGCCUACGACCCAUUCAAAUUCAUGGCUGAGAACAAGAAGAAGUACUCUUUUGUGCUCUCGCUGUACGAAUACGUCGAGACGAUUCCAACGCUGUGGGACAGUGUGAAGAAAUUCAUCUCCACCAACCCACAAUACAUCGAAAAGGACAAUGCGAUGGAAUGGAUCUCCGACGAUGGCGGAAACACCUACAACCACUGCCACUUCUGGUCUAACUUCGAGAUCGGAAACCUCAACUGGCUGCGCAGCGACGCUUACAUCGACUACUUUACACACCUCGACAAAGAGGGCGGUUUCUUCUACGAGCGCUGGGGUGAUGCUCCAAUCCACUCCAUCGCGGCAGCUCUCAUGCUCAAGAAGGAGGAAAUCCACUUCUUCAACGACAUCGCCUACUACCACGUUCCAUUCACGCACUGCCCAACCGGCGAACAGACGAGAUUGGAUCUGAAGUGCCACUGCAACCCCAAGGACAACUUUGAUUGGAAUGGAUACUCAUGCACGAAACGAUGGUACGACAUAAACAAAAUGCCUAUGCCCGAAGGCUACGAAAAAGAGCAGUGACUGGCUGGGAGAUAUAAAGAAAUUGCCGAAGAGUGGCGCGGCCCACUUAUCAUUCUGGGCAUCGCAACGGCCUUUGUCCUGGUGGUCUCACUCUAUCGCCCCGCGAUAAGAUUGUACGAUUAUACGGUCCGAGUGACGGGAUUGCGGAAAUCGAGUCGUUUCUCUCAGGAACGAUUUCUGGGGCCGCAGGUUGGGGAGAAGGUCAAAGCCUAGUAGGCGCUGCUGAAGGGCUAGCUACCUUUCCCGCCACGAGAGAGGAAGGUAUCUCGUAGAAAGCGGCAUUUGGAGGGCGUUUUCUACCUUUUUUUCGAAAAACUAUGUUGUUUUAGUAUCGCACGACAGGGGCGGGUUCACUAGAGCUAUGUUUGGCAUGAAUAGCACAAUCAGCGAAAAAGAGACUUGCUUCCGUUCCCGCAAAUGAAGCAAUUG